AUGCUUGAUAGUCUCCAAUCACAAUCUGAAGAUAUACGACAGCAGUUUCAUUCCCUUCAGAAUCAGUUUCAGAAUAUUGCUAGUGAAAGUGGAGCUGGUCUUGAAGAGAAGGAACACAUCAUAGAACAGCUAGUGAAGGAAAGACAAAACUUGGAAGAUCAAAUGAGUGAUUUGACAGCAAGUGAGGCACAAUUGAAAGAGAGUAUGGCAAGUUUAAAAGAGCAGAAUGCACAUUUACAAGGCCAGCUUGAAUCUGCAGUGACUUCUGGCCCUAAUCUUGAUGACUUCAAACGUGUGUUGAAAGAAAAGAAUGCUCUUGACAAUCAACUUGGAUCAGAGAGGUUAGCACAUCAACAAGAAUUGAUAAAGACACAAGCAAAAGUAGCUCGAGUGGAGACAGAGCUAAGAGAUACAAAACGAGAAAGUAAAAGGAAAGAGAAGAACCUGAGAGAAGAGUUAAACACUGAGGCUCUACAAUAUGCACUUCAAGAGAAAGAUCAAGAAAUUCAAUACCUUCAAGAAGCCAAGAUAACACUUGAAGAGGAGAAUUCAGAACUCAGAGAAAGACUUAAAGAAGAAACUGAUCAUGUUGCAGAGAUAGAGAGAGCAAGCUGUUUAGUAGCUCAACAAUUAAAAGAAAAUGCACUUGAAAUUGAAGAUCGACUCAAACGAGAAAAAAGUGAGUUAGCUGUUGAAAUAGAACAUCUCAAAGGGCGUCUAGCUGGCAUCAAUACAGCUCAGCAAUGUAUGCGUGAACAUGCUACUUCACUAGAGAACUCUUUAGCUCAAAAGGAAUCUCAACUGACAAAACUAGCCUCAGAAACCAGUUCUCUACUAGGAGACAAAGAUCUUAGCCCAUUAUCAUCAUGUUCAGAAAGACAGGGCCAUGAAAUAGAGUCCCUCAAGAAAGCUCAGUUAGCUCUACACAAAUCACUCCCAACAACAGAUAGUGAUGAUGAUGUCAAAGCUUUUGUUAGGUUACUUGGAGUGGACUACAAGAAAACAAGCUGUGACAGAAGUCAGUUUAAUGCAGCUGGCUGCAAGAGGGCUUUCAAGAAGAAGAAGAAAAGUACAGAAACCAUGAGAACAGACUGA